AUUAAGGGAGCCUCAGCGCUCAGACUGUGCAGCUGGUCGGAAGUGUGACCAAGGCUAGUGCGUGAAAGGAGCUUGUCCCGCGCACACACACCUAUCGCCCCCCCACCCCCACACACACAGGCUGCAGCCGAGAGCUGCUGGGAUUUAACGGGAGCCCGAGUUGUCUGCGGAUUGCCACCUGGUUUGCGGGAUACUGCGGGAGUGCGGACCCUCUGUGGUCUCUGCGCCGGCUCUUUCUGGACCAACUGCUCGUCUGGCGCUUGUGCAGAGUGGGAUCCCAGCUCGGGAGACAGCGCAGAAGGAGCUCAGACCUGCUUUUGGGACCCUCCGAGUGGAAAUCAGCCAGUAUUUGGAGAGCGUCGGAGACGGGGGAUGGCAGCUUUACGCACUGUCCGCGCCGCACUCUUCUUCUCGCUGCUUCCCCAGGUUUCCUGCAGUGGUACGUUCGAACUGAAGAUCCACCAGUUUGUGAACGGCGGGGGCUUGUUGGCGUCUGGCGGUCGCUGUGUCCCCGACUGCCGCACUUUCUUUCGGGUGUGUUUGAAGCAUUUCCAAGUGGUGGUGUCCCCGGAACCGUGCACCUACGGAAGCGUCCUCUCCCCGUUCCUGGGCAGCAGCAGCUCCUUCAGGGUGGCGGCCACUCAGGUCCCGCUCAAGCUCAACUUCACCUUCAAGUGGCCGGGAACUUUCUCCCUCAUCAUCGAAGCUUGGAACUCUCCCUCCGGCCAGCCGAGCCCCAAUGUAACCAGCCCUGAGAUGUUGAUCAGCCGUUUUGCUAUCCAGAGACGUCAGCCUGUGGACACGGUCUGGUCCCGGGAUGUCCAGCGGAUGGGCCAUACCCAGCUGCACUACUCGUACCGGGUGGUCUGCAGCCACCACUACUACGGCGAGGGCUGCUCCCACUACUGCCGGCCCAGGAACGACACCUUCGGGCAUUUCACCUGCGGACAGGAGGGGCAGCGGAUCUGCAUGGCCGGAUGGAAAAAUGAGUACUGCGCACAGCCAAUCUGCCGAACUGGGUGCAGCACACAGCACGGAUACUGCGAUCGACCGGGUGAGUGCAAGUGCCACUAUGGAUGGCAGGGAGAUUCAUGUACUGACUGCGUGCGGCACCCGGGCUGUCUGCAUGGGACCUGUGAGCAGCCCUUCCAGUGUAACUGUAGGGAGGGCUGGGGCGGUCUCUUCUGUAACCAGGAUCUCAACUACUGCACCCACAACAAGCCCUGCCUGAACAACGCCACCUGCACCAACACGGGCCAAGGCAGUUACACCUGCACCUGCCAGCCCGGCUUCACCGGCAUCAACUGCCAGUCACCUGUGCCCAAGUGUGACAGCAGCCCCUGCAGAAACGGAGGGACCUGCACGGAGUCGGAGGAAGGUUACCGCUGCUCUUGUCUACCUGGCUAUGAUGGGCAGCACUGUGAGAACAGCGUCUUGACCUGUGCAGAUUUCCCCUGUUUCAAUGGCGGCUCCUGCUACGAGAGAUCACAAGGAGUCCCUUACAUCUGUAGCUGCCUCCCGGGCUUUGCUGGCAUCAACUGUGAGCAGAAGGUGGAUCGGUGUUCCAGGAGCCCCUGUGCAAACGGAGGCCGGUGCCUGGACCUGGGACUGUCCCGGACGUGCCGCUGCCGACCGGGCUUCGCCGGCCAGAGGUGCGAGAUCAACGUCAACGACUGCGCCCGGAGCCCGUGCCUGCACGGCGGCAGCUGCUCGGACCAGGUGAACGGCUACCGCUGCCUGUGCGCCGCCGGCUACACCGGCCGGGACUGCGGCCAGCGGCUGCCCGGCGACUGCGACUCGGCGCCCUGCCUGCACGGCGGCACCUGCCACCCCGGCCUCUCCAGCCGGGGCCCCGUCUGCCAGUGUCCCUUCGACUUCAUGGGCCUGUGGUGCCAGAUCCCGGUGCGGGAGCCCAGCCCCUCGCAGAAGCGCCAGCAGCCGCCCAGCCCCGUGCCCUGGCAGCUGGUGUCCCUGGGCUGCGGCCUGGCCGCCUUCGCCCUCCUGCUCCUCGCCCUGGCGCUGGCCGUCCGGCACCUGCGGGCCUCGGGCGGGCACCAGCCCCGGCCGGCGGGCGCCAUGAACAACCGCACCGACCCGCAGAGGGACAACCUGAUCGCCGCCUCGCAGCUGAAGCUGGCCGGCCUGGAGGUGAACUGCGGCGGCGAGCGCGGCCGCUCGCACUGCAAGCUGACGAACUGUGCCGCCGACCUGGGCCGCGCCGCCGGCCCGAAGGGGGAGCCGUCGCCGGAGCUCAAGUGCCACAAGAACCAGCGGGGCCGGCGGGAGGAGAGCUGGCCCCUGGCCGGGCCCCGCAGUGAAAACCUGGCGUGUAGAAUAUCCACGAUAGCCUGUACCUGUGACCUGAAGUACCAGCCCACGUCCCGCACUGGGGAAGGCCGGCAGAGCGACGUCACCACUGAGGUGUAAGGCUGACGAGGAGAGGCUGCACUCUGCGCAGGUUGCCGGCGGCUCCGCAACGCUAUUUUAUUUAUUUGUAGAAGGCACCAGUUGCCGAGCGGAGAAUGAGGAGUGGGAGCUUUCAGACGCUUCUCCGGCGGCCGAAUCCCGCAGACUGUGCAACAACUGCUCCCGUCACGGAGCGCAGGGCUAACCCACCACAGCGGCGGACUCUUUCUUGUGAGGAACAAGGUGCAUCGAUCUGGGGUUGGACUUUAAAUUUGAGGCAGUGACUGGCAGUGAGGUGGACAUACACAUCAGACGGCGUGUCAUUCACAGUUUGAGCAUUUCUCUGGGAUUACACAGGCAGAGGACGGUCGGGAGAAAGGAUGGGACAGACCCUCAUGUACAGACUGAGCAGAUUUCUUUUAAAUCACUGGCGAAUGAGCGGCAAGACAAUCAAUAAUAUUUUUUUUAAGGUUGGUAUUUCAUAAUUAAUUUAAAUGUGAAGCACUGAACUUUAUACUUUUAUAAAAUUAUUUUGUAUAUAAUGUAUAUUUAUAAAUGUCUUGACGUGUGUAAAAGAAACAAUCAGUUCACCAAUGGUUUUAACUUCAUGGCAAAGUUUGAAUUUAUUUUUUUCAAACAAUGAAAUCAUUCCUGCU